GUUUUUAUUAUCUUUCAAUUCAAUCCCGCGAAAUCCAGCUAAGCUGGUAGCUGUCACUCUCAUUUUAUUACUCAAAAAAUAAAAAUUUUUGGUUUUUUAGGGUUUUAAAUUUGGGAUAUUGGGAUACCAAAAUGAAGCAAAAGAACGAGCAAAUUCACACUAGAAGGCUAUUAACUUAUCUUUUAAUCGGGUUAAUCGGGGUUCUUGGGUUGGUUUGUUUGUACUAUGGAUCUUCGUUUGCUCCCGGGUCGAGGAGAUCCGACGAUACUGGUUCUCGGUUGUAUGGUUCGGAUCGGGUUUUUGGUGGGAUUUCAAGGAACCGGGAUUUGUUUGAUUUGCUUGACGAGCAAGGGCACUACCUGGAAGUUCCUAAAAGCAUCCCUAUAUGUGACAUAAAAUAUUCAGAGUUGAUACCCUGCUUAGAUAGAAACCUUAUAUACCAGUUAAAAUUAAAGCCGAAUUUGGCAGUAAUGGAACACUAUGAGCGGCAUUGUCCGCCACCAGAGCGGCGUUACAAUUGCUUAAUUCCGCCGCCAAAAAGUUACAAGAUCCCUAUAAGAUGGCCUGCAAGUAGAGAUGAAGUGUGGAAAGCAAAUAUACCCCAUACGCAUCUUGCUGAGGAGAAAUCGGACCAGCAUUGGAUGGUUGUUGAUGGAGAAAAAAUAAAGUUUCCUGGCGGUGGAACCCAUUUUCAUUAUGGUGCUGAUAAGUAUAUCGUUGGUCUUGCUCAGAUGCUAAAAUUUCCUGGUGAUAAACUGCACAAUGGUGGAAAUAUUCGAAAUGUUCUUGAUGUGGGAUGUGGAGUUGCAAGUUUUGGAGCCUAUCUCCUACCCCUUGAUAUUAUAGCUAUGUCCCUUGCACCUAACGAUGUACAUGAGAAUCAAAUACAAUUUGCAUUAGAAAGGGGUAUCCCUUCGACACUUGGUGUGUUGGGAACAAAAAGGCUUCCUUAUCCAAGCAGAUCAUUUGAGCUAGCUCAUUGUUCACGAUGCCGAAUUGACUGGCUUCAGAGAGAUGGGAUUCUCCUAUUGGAACUUGAUAGAUUACUGAGACCAGGAGGGUACUUUGCAUAUUCUUCCCCUGAAGCCUAUGAACAAGAUCCAGAAAAUAGAAAGAUCUGGAAUGCUAUGUACAGCCUUUUGAAAAGAAUGUGCUGGAGAGUUGUUGUGAAGAGAGGCCAAACUGUUAUAUGGGCAAAGCCUCUGAGCAAUAGUUGUUACUUGAAGAGAGAUCCUGGUACUCAACCUCCUUUGUGCAGUUCCAGCAAUGACCCAGAUGCAAGUUGGAACGUGUCUCUGAAGGCAUGCAUCACUCCAUACUCUGCAAAGAUGCACAAAGAAAGAUCAAGUGGACUACUUCCUUGGCCACAGAGGCUUACUGCAGCACCACUUCGCCUUGAAGAAAUUGGUGUCAGUGCUGAGGAAUUCAAUGAAGAUACUAACAUAUGGCAUUUUAGAGUGAUUGAGUAUUGGAAGCAGAUGAAAUCUGUUAUACAGAAGAAUUCCAUCAGAAAUGUCAUGGAUAUGAACUCAAACCUUGGGGGCUUUGCUGCUGCCCUUAAAGAUAAAGAUGUCUGGGUGAUGAAUGUUGCUCCCAUCAAAAUGUCUGCAAGAUUGAAGAUUAUUUAUGACCGAGGCUUGAUUGGAACUGUUCAUAACUGGUGUGAAGCAUUUUCAACAUACCCGCGAACAUAUGAUCUUCUUCAUGCCUGGGCAGUUUUUUCAGAGAUUGAGGACCAUGGUUGUAGUGCAGAGGACCUACUGAUCGAAAUGGAUAGGAUACUUCGGCCAGAAGGGCUUGUUAUUAUAAGAGAUAAACACUCGGUAAUAAAUUAUAUCCAGAAAGUUAUCCCUGCCUUACGGUGGGAUGGCUGGUUAUCAGAAUUUGAACCAAGGAUCGAUCCUCUCUCUGCUGGUGAGGAAAGAGUGUUAAUUGCGAGAAAGAAGUUGUGGACUGAUGGGUUUAUAACAAUGUGAAUGUAUUUUCUCAACCUAUAAUCUUGCCUUUGAUUUGUGUUGGUCUACAUAACGGUAUUUGGUAAAAAUGAUAAACUUUCUCUUAA